CAAAAUAGUGUUUGACCUACUUGUGCUGCCCGAGCAUGCGCUGAUAAAGUCUCCUCUGCAGCCUUUGCUUCAGCGAUUUUGUUGCAUGGCCGACAUUGCCAUUGACCCAAGGACAUCGUGUCGAUACUGCCGGGAUAGCCAGGUGAUCUAUGACUCAUCACAGGGGACCGCGGUUUGCACGGGCUGCGGCACUGUGCUGGAGGACCAUUGCUUCGACGAGGGUAGGGAGUGGCGCAAUUUUGCUCCCGAAGGUGUUGAUUCACAGCCCAAUGGCCGAGAGCGUGCUGACCUUACCAACAGCAUUGACCACAAGACUGGCCAGGGCUGCGGCACAGUGAUUGUUGGUGUCGGCACCAAAGCGCAGCGCAUGCAGGAAAAACUCUUCCGCGUGCAGAGCGCCAGCAAGCCGGAGCUAUCCGCCGGGCAAAAGGAGGAUAGAAACAUUCAGCACCAGACGGAGAAGGCUCGAGAAGUCGCGAUGCGGCUGAAUCUUGGGGAGGAGAUCGUGAACCGCUGCACUGUGCUGUUGCAGGACUUGGCCGCCAAGGGCCUUCUCAAGGAGAGGUACCAGACUGCCUGGUACUGUGCAUUGGUGGAGAUCGCUUGUGAGGAGGAGCCGUACGGCAAAAAGACUGUUCAUGAUUUUGCCCACGCACAUCGUCAGUACAUUACCAACAAGGUGGAGCCUCCACAAUUGAAGCGCAAAGAGGGGAUCAUCACUGCCACUUUCAACCAGGCGUCUAUUGCAAAAGAGCUGAAAGGCGAGGUGGUAAUAGGCAAUGUCAAGGUUGCGCUAGUCCCUGGCGAUCAGGCCUCCCUGCUAGUCCGGUCGUGGGGUCAGAUCGGUGAGGAGGAAUUAGGGGAGUUUUUCCGACAACGGUUGGAGGAUAUGCAGCAAAAAAAGUGUGUGGCACUCAUCACAAAGCACUACGACGCCCUUUGCUCUGCCCUAGACCGCGCUAGAGCGACAUACUUGGAGACCGAGGAUCUCUACAAAAACUACGUGAGAAGCUUGGGUCUUGCUGCAGAGGUGGUGAAACCCGCAAAGCACAUUGCAACUGAAGCUCUCAAGCACAGACUUGUAAGAACGGGCAAGGAUUUGGCGGAGCGAUCGGUUGUGACUGGUGCAAUGGCCAGCGCAAUUUUUGUCGUUGCCUGGCUGUUGGACGUGGAGAAGAAACCAAGGUUGGAGGAUGUAGCCAAAGCUGCGAAGGUGAGCGAAGGCUAUGCCAAGAUGACCUACAGCAGCAUUCGCCGAGAGAUCUCCAGAGUUCUUCCAAAGGACUACCUCAGCCGCUACAUAGACCGAGUUCGGACGUUGCCACAGCCGGACAGCAUCAGUAGGAAACGUCCUGCUGAGUUUCCUGCUGGAAGGUAGACUUGCUCAGAAAAUUAUGUUGAGACUUCCAAUCUAGGAGCGUCUGAGGCGCACACACACAGAAUUUUGAGCCAUGUAGCUAUGUCGAGCCUCGCAAGCUGGCAUCAGCUUCGCAGUGUCGCGAAGCCAAAUUGUGGAUCUUGUGGGGAUGCUUGUUCAGUGCCCUGUGUAUGGCUGGGUGCAGAAACUUGUACAAAUGAGCAUACCUGAAGGGCUGCAACCACUGCAAGAGUCCAAAAGUUAAAGAGUGCACCACAAGUGUACGCCAUGUUCUGCUGGAUUUGCAUAAGGCUCUUGCUGCUUGUGCUUUGGCUUUUGUGCCUUGAUCAAAAGAAUGAACCCGCAG